AACUGUUUGGUGUCACGUGACCGUGGGGCCAAUGACUUGAGCACGUGGGAUGGGUGUUCCUGUUCUCCAGUUUUGUUUUUUUUUUUUCAAAGCCCGUCCCCUUUAGCGCGCGGGCUUGAUCGCGGAGUCCUCGCGAGAUGCCCGCCGCCCUCUCGCGAGAGUGAGUGGGAGGUGUGGGGGGAGAGGUGGUGUCGCUGGCUGGAGCUGCAGUGGCGGUGGUGGAAGCCAGGGGUGGCCUGGGUUGGGCUGGGCUAAGCGGGGGCGGGCCGCGGGGCGUGGAGGGCGGGAGGCCGCUGGCGGAGGGGGCGGUCCUCAGCUGGGCCGCUCGCGCGACUGGUCGUUGCGGACCGGUACCAUGGCUGUGAGCUGUGGCGGCUACAGCCCCCAGGUAUCUUACGGAUUGACUCUUCAUUGACUACAAACAACAACAUAGUUAUGGCGACUUACCAGACUUUCCGAAACAGGCGCUCAAAGGCUAGAGCAUCUGUCAGAAAAAGCUUCAGUGAAGAAGUGUUCCAGUCUGUGAAAUCUCUAUUACAGAGUGAGAAGAAGCUAUGCAGUAUAUCAGCAGAGGACUGCUUAAAGCAGAAUGAACAUGCCAAUUUGUCUGAGGUCACAUUUCUAGGUUUUAAUGAGGAAACAGAUGCUUCUCAUAUACAGGAUUUAGCUGCAGUUUCUUUGCAACUUCCGGCUCUUCUGAAUUCACUGCAUUUCUGCAGUCUAAAUGAAAAUGAAAUAAUUUGUAUGAAGGAUAUAAAUAAAUCAUCAGAUAUAAACCAUGGUCCUCUAAAUCAGAAGAGUAUCCCAGUGAGUAAAACUACCAUAGCUGAGGGGAUCAGGCAGUGGCACACUGAGUUAAGCACACAGUACAAAGUGCAGGGACCUGUACAAGGAUCCCAGUUCGAGCCCCCCAGAUCCCCACCUGCAGGGGGAGUCACUUCACAAGCAGUAAAGCAGACUCAUCAUUCUGGAAUGCUUUGUGUCAUGAGAGUAUCACCUACAUUACCAAGACUCAGAGUUGAUUUUAUCUUCCAUUUAUUAAGUAAAUAUGCCACUGGUAUAAGAUACACAUUGGACACGUAUUUUCAUCAGAAGCACCAACUUGAGACCACUAAUGAGGAUGAUGAUGACACUAACCAGUCUGUGUCUUCCAUUGAGGAUGACUUCGUCACUGCUUUUGAGCACUUAGAAGAAGAUGAAACUUCAAAGCCACGUAAUGAAGGAAUAAAUGUUGCUACAUUAAGGGGCCAGUGUGAUGUUGCUUCUCAGACUACUUCUGGUCACCAUUCCAAAGCCCAUGAUUUAAGAAUUCUAAUUGGCUCUGGGAAGCAGAAGUCACUGGCUAAACCUGCAGCUUCUUUAAUAAAUAUUUUGGGACAUAAAGAAUUACCUUCUGUGAAAUCUUCAGUCACGACAUCAUCUUCUGAGCCUUGGGUCCAAAGGAGUGUCUAUAGGUCAUCUAAUGCUUCAGAUAAAGGUGGUGAUGCACAGAAGACAUUUUUUUCUUCUUCUCCUGUCUAUUCAUCUGAAUCAGAAUGUUCAAGUCCAAGUCCUGUUAUUUUCUUGGAUGAAGAGGGUUAUCAGAAAAGUUUAAAAGCAAAGCUUGAGCUCCCUAAGAUUCCUGUGAUGGAAGACGAUAUAGAAGAUUCAGACUCAGAAGUCAGUGAAUUUUUUGAUAGUUUUGACCAGUUUGAUGAACUAGAACAAACUUUAGAGACUUCUUGUUCGCUUCUAAAAGACCCUGCUAAGGGGAAGCCAUCACAAAAGAAAGGACACAAAUAUGACAAAUCCUGUUCUGUAACCACUACCAUGAAUCCUCAGAAAUUCAAGUUCAAUUGCCCAGCUCUCCCGGCUCAUGUUAGGAAGCCAACUCCUCGAAAGCCAGAGUCCCCGUAUAGUAACCUGUGUGAAACUCCCGAUUCUCCUCGACCAGUGAAGGCAUCAGGGGAUGACAGUGGUUUGUUUAGUCCCAUUCUAUCCUCUGCUUUUAGCCCUCUGGGAGGCUGUGCCCCUGCUGAAUGUUUUUGCCAGACUGACAGUGGUGAAGAUGAGGUUCAUGAUAAUCAUGAUUCCUUUUAUUAUACAUAUGAAGAUUAUGCAAAUAUCCUUUCAUCUGAAGUACUGGAUUCAGUUCUUCACACCCAACAUACUAAUGUAUUACCAAACAUCAGUAGUAUUAAAAAGGGAGAAAAUGAAACUGUAGCUUUUAAGGAUGAAAGCCUUGAUCCCAAAAGUAAAUCUAAUGCUAAAUCCUUAAUGUUUAAAGAUAACAUUCAGAAAUUUGCAGCAGAUCUUGUGGAGAAAAGUUUUGGCAGUGCAUUCAAAGACUUGCAGAAAGGAGUUUCUUCAUGCAGCAGUGCGCUGUGCCACUUAGCCAUCAAAUUGACAUCAUCUGUUUUUCAGAUGGCAUUUAAUGAAUUGAAGAGGCAGUGUGCAUUUUCAUUGAGAGAACGUGCCAUUAGUAGUCUGGCUAAUUUUUUGGUGAAUGAAGCUUUAUCGAAUGCUUUACAAGAUUUACAGUAUGUAAAGAAGCAGAUAUUUAUAAAUACAGUUGCCAGGUUUGCUGCUGAUCUGGCUGAAGAGCUUGUUUUUGAAGGCAUUAUGGAAGUGUGCCAGUUUUCAUGCCCUCCAACACCUGCAUCUCCACAGCAUCAGUCAUAUGACUAUGAAGACAAAGUGGUGAGGUCGUAUGCAAAAGAUCUGUCUGAAUCUGUCAUACAGGAAGCGUUCAUUGAGCUAUCACAAGCUGAUGUGGCCUUCCCAACCAAGGCAGCAGUUAGUGUCUCUACAGAUUACAUAAACUCUAUGAGUGCAGAAAAUGUAGUGCCAUCGACACAGACUCUCCCAUUCCCCCCUACUUAUAACAAUCAGACAGCGAUCUUGACAAAGCCAAUGCAGGGCCAUUCAAAGGAAUACACAGUACAACAAGCCUUGUUUUGCACUUCUGGAAUUAUUACUUCAAUACCUGUGCCCUUGGCAGGAAGUGCCCUCCUCCCUUAUCACGUUUUAUCUAAUGUUUAUCAGGCAAAAUCUUCUCCGCCAUCUGAUGGUAGAAAUGUGAAUGGUGACUCCAACCAAGACCAUGUUAGCCCCCAAAACAAAGAAGAGGAAGUAGCUUGUCUCAGAAAUAACUUCUUACCUUCAGAACAGAGUCCAGGUAACCAGAGUGAUAUUAAACCAACUAAUGGCAGUACUGAAAUGCAAAGCUCUUCAAAAUCAAGCGAUCCAGUAAUUAUUAGCAACUUUUCUGCAACAUUGGUGCAUACAAUAGUAAAUGAGACUUUAGAGUCAAUGACAUCAUUCAAAAUUACACCAUCAGUUGAUGACUGUACAGAUUAUCCAAUUAAAAUAGCCCAAGGGAAAACUCCUCUUCACUGUGAUCCAGCAACACCACAGUGGAGUGAAACUGGCAAUAAGAACAUGUUUGCUGAUCAGUUAUCUAAAUCUAUUAUUAAACAUUCCAUAGACAAAAGCAAAUCAUUGAUUCAGAAUAAAGGUAACAAUUCAGCACAUAGGGAAGGCAUACCUGUUCCUAGAGGAGAGUCACAGUUGACUUUGGAAAAACUCCCCCAAUUGUGUGAUGCUCAGGGUCACUUAUCUCAGUGUUCUUUUUCAGUAAGAAAGGAUAGUGUUCCAGAAUGUAAAAGCUCUGUGGCUCAUGGGUUUUCUUUGCAAACACUACCACUUUGUCCAACCGUGGCAGAUCAGAAACCUGAUUCAAAGGAACUUGUUAAGGACAAAUCAAUAAAAAAGUCUAAUUUGAGUAAUACGACAUUUGAGCCCUUGUGCUUUGGGCAGGAAACCCCUCUCCCCCAGCCGCAUACUUUGUCAUCCACCGUGCUUACAGGUGUUGAUAGUUUGCACAUAGAAGAAAAACAGAAGACCAGAGAUGGGAAUGUAAUACCUGAUACUCCUCCAUCAACUCCUCUAGUACCGUUCCAGGCAAGUUCAGAAUGGGAUAUCAAGAAGUUAACCAAAAAGCUAAAGGGGGAAUUAGCUAAGGAAUUUGCACCUGCGACACCACCUUCAACACCUCAUAACUCAUCUGUUGGUAGUUUGUCUGAACAUGAACAAAAUACAAUAGAAAAAGAAGAAUUCAUGUUGAAACUUAUGCGUUCUCUUUCAGAAGAAGUUGAAAGCAGUGAAGGUGAAGAGCAUCCCGAAGCAGAUGUGAAGUCAGAGCCGUUAGGGAAGAAAGUUCAGUUUGCAGAAGCCUUAGCUACACAUAUCAUUUCACUUGCAACUGAAACAGCAGCUUCCCAGUUAGAUAAUAAAAUCACUCGAGAACCACAGGCCAAAAGCCCUUGCCUAAAUGUGCAAAGUCAAAGAAUUAUGUCUCCUACUUUUCUGAACCCUCCAGAUGAAAAUCUACAAAUGUUAUGCAACUUUGCAGGAGAUAUGGUGGCAGAAGUCAUCACAGAAGCUGAGAAAAUAGCAAAAAUUAGAAGCUUUAUGCUCUCCAGGCAAAAGAAGAGUGGUUGUGAUGUUGAUGGUGACCAAGAUUAUAGAUCAGAGGAAAUGGAGGUUGUAGCACACCCAAGAGAAGUGGACUCUUUUGUUCUUUCUUUAUCACCAAGCUCUUGUAUUUCAGGACUGAUGUAUAAGUAUCCCAGUUGUGAAAGUGUAACAGAUGAAUAUGCAGGUCACAUUAUCCAAAUACUGAAACAGGAAGGCGGUGAUAGUGAGUUAAUAAUGGAUCAAUAUGCCAAUAGACUUGCUUAUCGAUCUGUUAAAUCAGGAUUGCAAGAAGCAGCCAAGACAGCCAAAAUGAAGUGUAACUCAAAAAUGUUCCCUAUGCAAGACCCACAGGUGAAAGCCAACAGUGAACUGUUGAUGUUCUUAAGUAAAGAUCACCACCAAGAAGAUAAGAAACAACAUAGUGUAGAAAACCAGAGUUGUGAAUGGACAUGGGAUAUAGGCAGAAAUGAGUGCCCUGAACUGUAUAGUUUUUCCUCCUCUCUUGUUCACAGCAUCACAAGAGAUGCUAAAAAAGAGUUGGCACUUUCUACAGCUGGUUUGCCAAAGUCCUUAACAGACUCUUGCCUUUAUGAAGAAUCUGAAUAUGAUGGAGAUACUGAAGCUCAUGGUGAGCAAGAGUUUCCUCAGCCUCUUCAGUCUUCUUCACAGAAUCAGAAACUGCAUCAUAGUACAUGCAGCUUAAAUGGGCAUGGUUCUGGAGAGAAUGUUGUUCAGGCAAUAGAACAGUAUGCUAAAAAAGUAGUGGGUGACACUUUAGAAGUAAGUUUAGGAUCCACCGUUUUCCAGAUGUCUGAGCCCAAGAAUUCAGCAGAUAGGAUCACUUAUGCAGAAAAGUUGUCACCUCUAAUAGGUCAAACUUGCAGACACUGUGACCAGAAAGAACUCCAUGAUUGCACAGGCAAGUCAUCUCACCACUUGCCCAGACAGGAUUCGUGUGCUAGCAAAAAGCAACUUUCUAAUUCUAAAUACAGCUAUGUUUAUCAGAGAUCUAGAAUUUUUCAUCUUGAUGUUCCUCAAAUUCAUGUUGAUCUUGAUAAGAGAACUGUGCUUGCUGAGAAGAUAGUUGCUGAAGCUAUUGAAAAAGCCGAGAGAGAGCUGAGCAACACUAGUUUGGCGGCCGAUAGUGGACUUGGCCAAGAUGGCGUUAGCUUUGCUAAAAGCCUUAGCACAGAAAUAGUGAUGUCAGCAAUGACAGAUGUUGGACAUGCUAGCAGUCCAAAAGAAAUGGAAGACUUUCAACUCACUGAGCCUUUUGGUAGCCAGCAGAUGAAUCUCAGCUUUGGUGAUGAUAGUACCGGUAGCUGGUCCAAUUUAAGUUUCGAAGAUGAGCAUCAGGAUGAGAGCAGCAGUUUUCACCACCUUAGUGAAAGUAAUGGUAACAGCAGUAGCUGGAGCAGUCUUGCUUUAGAAGGAGAUUUGUAUGAGGACAAUUUAUCCUUUCCAACAUCAGACAGUGAUGAAUCAGAUGAUAAUGAUGAAGAGGAAGAGGAGGAUGUAGAAGAUUUGGAGCCAGAUGGAAAGACUCUGCUAGUUACAAAUAUUGACAUGGAACCUUGCACAGUAGACCCCCAGCUAAGGAUCAUUCUUCAGUGGCUCAUUGCCUCUGAAACUGAAGUCACAGAACUUUAUUUUCAUGACUCUGCAAAGAAGGAGUUUGUACCACUCUCAAAACAAUUACAAGAAAAAGAAUGGAAAGUGGGAGACCUCCUCCAGGCUGUCCUGAAGUACUAUGAUGUGACAGAAAAGACUUCUGGCGGGGAAAGAUGCAAGUCACUGUUUGAUUGGCUCUUGGAGAAUGCAUAGAAUAGGCCCGAGACCAGUAUAUGCUAUGAUUUGUUUUGGGAGGGGAAGAAAUAUAAAGGUGCAUAGGGCAGAUUUUGAAUAGUGACUAUCAACAUUUAAAGUGACUUGAAAAGAAAGCUUUUUAAGCAUAUUAUGUUACCAACACAGUGUAUAUAGUUCAUACUUUUGUAAUCUCUGUCAAAAUAUCUUCAUUUUAUUCUUCUAUACAUGUGUGUAGCGUGUUAAGACUCUGAGACUGUGUAUUUGAUGGAAGGUCUAACCAUGAGUUUUUCAGGGACAUUUCAACUGAUGACAUUCUUUUUGCAUCUAAAUAGUGCUGCUAGAAACUGUACCAAGGUGACCAAGGAUAGGCUCCAGGGAUAAAGGGUUAUAAUUUUGCUCCUUUGUGAACAAAUUAAUAACUAAUCUGACAAUAAAAAAUAGUGUCGAGUCAAUUUUUUUUUCUGGCAGAGUUUUUUUGGGUAUUAAUUUUGAGAGUCAUCUUUUUAAAAUUUUAAUUUUAGCUCACCUAUUAGUAGCUUUUCAACUCCCUCAGACCAUUUAAUUUUUUUUUGAAACAGUAUUUUAGGCUUCUGUAAUUACAAUAAGUCUUAGCUUUUCCAGCCUUUCUUUCUUCAAGUGACAUUAUUUGCCAAUACUGCCAGUUAUUCUGGCAUAGGUGUGUGUGUGUGUGUGUGUGUGUGUGUGUGUGUGUGUGUGUGUAAAGAAUUAUUUAACCUUGCUAGUGGUUUGUGCUCCUUUUUACUUUUUUUUUUUAAUUAGAAACCCAUUGUUAAGAUCUAAAAGGUGCUUUAAAAGAAAUUGUCUAUAGAGAUUGUGCAGUAAGAACCUUUUUUAUUUAUUUUUUUGGGGGGCUUCUAACUUACCCUGUAAAUGAAGAUAAAGGUUGCAAAAUAUACUGAAAUUUUUAAAAAUUAGUGAGUAUGGUAAUGCAUUUAGAGAAGAUCAGCAGUGCUUUUCAUUGUUAAAAACUUUCAAAUUUAUCAAGAAUAAGGUUUUUCUAAGAAAGCAACCACCUUAUUUCUCCCUCUCACUCUUCCUCCAGUGAAAUGUUUCUCACUAUUUUGUAAAGUCCUCUGAUACAAUCUUUUUGGACUCUACAUUUCCUACUAUGUAGUCUUUAGAAAUUGUAAGUGAGCUUGAAGGGAGAGCCAAGAUUGAGUCCUGACUGUAUGUGAGGGCAUGCAUAUGUGAAUUUUUCUGCUUUUCCACUAGUUGGUUUUGCAAUUUAGGGCAGGUUAAUCACUUUUCAUGUGGCAAAGCAAAGUGCUUUCUCUUCAUCACACCUUUUUCCUGAGCACUCAACGUUCUGGAAGUUGUACAAAGUGUAGAAGACAAAACCCUUUCUACUAUUAGGGAUAAGCACACUUAAGUUAGUUUGAAUUCAUAAUUAUGUAGAGAACUCCGCUUUUAAGAAAAAAACAUAGGAUGCCAUUUGAAUCUUUUGAGGUUCCAUUUAAGCUCUGAGUUUCCCCCUUCAAUUUUAAGGUAAAUAAAGAGAUCAAGCCUUAAAAAUAAAGUUUUCUAAAGAUUCUUUAAGUAUUUUUUAAGGUGGAGAAAUACUGAAGAUGUGAUAAUCAGAAUUGUUUCUCUCUUUGAGCUUUUCAGAACUUGAGAUGCAGCAGCACUUGACUAUUUGAAUUUUAGUAGCUACAUUGUUAAUUUCAAUGUGGAUUAAUGGAUCAUUAAGUUUAGACUGAUUUUUUACAAUUAAUAACUACCCAUUGUAUUUCAUAACUUGGACACGUUACCAGUUUAAGAACAACAAAACUGAGUUCUGGAUUUCUUUUAAACUAAUGUGACAAUAUUUUAGACUUGUAAACCUUUCUGUAUUUAAAAAUGUUUAUUUCUUUUAUGGUAGUAAUCAUUUUGAGGUAAGACUUCCUUUAUGUUUUUCUUUCCUUUACAUUUUUCUGGAGUUGUACUGGGCUCAGAGUUCAUAGUUAUUUUUGAGAUUACAUAAUGGCAGGCCAGCCACUAGGUAUUAGCAUGUACAAGAAUAAUCGUAGUGGACUUCUACACUUGUAUUGGUUCAGUGCAAUGAUCUAGAGAAAAUACUAAGUGUUGACAGAUUAGAAAAGAAGCAGAAAUCAAGCUUCUUAAUAUAUAGAAAGUAUUUACUUUUAGAGCAGUAUCUUUUAAACAAGUACAGUCUAAACUUACUUUCCUUAAAGGCACUUUGUGAAUUUCCAAAGAUGUUCUCGAUCUGUUUUGUUGCUCAACUUUCGGAACAGCUGUCUGUUAAGGACAGUUCUCACCGUCUAAUUUAAUUAGAAACCUACUUGCAUUAUUAUAACAUUGUAAUUUUGUUGUUGUACAUUUUCACUCAGAUGAAAUAUCAUGCCUUAUUUAGAACCAUUAUAGUUGUGAUUCAUGUUAAGCUGAAUUCUGUUCAUAAAUUUCAAAACUAACAAUUGAUCUGUGGAAAGAAAGUGAAUGAAGCCUCUGAUGAGGGGUGCUUAUAACAUUAUUUCAGAUUGAAAUGUGGCAAGUCUUUCCUGUUCUUUUCCCAACUGAAGUUUAAAUGGCAUUUUAUUUUGUGGACACUGUUAAUGUUGAUUUUAAGAAUAUUUUCUGAUUUCUGAAAAAGUAAAUGAUUCAUCUGUUAAGUCACAGAAGAUGAGGACAGCAUCUAUUGAAUGUGAUUAUUAUUUUUAUACAAUUUAAGGGAAAGUAUUCACUCAGUGACUAUGUGGUAGCAUUUUCACAUUGGGAAACACUUCACUUACCUCUUCAGAUAUUUGAUGUUGAUUAAUUCAGUUUAUAGUACUUUCAUUUUGCUUAAACAAGGAUCUGAUGUUGCUGGUAAGAGAAUUUAAUUACUCAGUAAAUGCAACAUAUCUCAAGUAAAGUUUUGCCCAUGUUACUUUGACAUUAGUGUAUGUUCCCUAAAUACAAAAUUUAACCUUGACUUGUCAAGAGUCUAGAUUUAAAUGUCUACUUAAUUAUUUAUUUAGCUAAUAUUAUUCUUCCACAAUUAACUUUAUCAGCUUCCCCUUUCACUUUCAAUUUUAUGGUUUUCAAAGGAAAUCUUUCAGUUUUUUUUUUAAUUAAUGCAUCCAUACUUGGGCUUCAGAGGAAAUAGUUUCUAUUUAAAACCCUGUCUACUUGUCAUCAGCAGAAAAGAAUUAGAGCUUCAGUGGGAAUUAUAACAUUGUACUUACUAUACAGUAAUGCUGCUUCUCCUAUCUUCAGCAAAAGACCCUGCAAGCAUUUACUCACUUAACUGUAUUCUUGCUUUGAAGAUGCAGAUGCAGUGUUAGUCACGCUUGUCACUUUAUUUAUUUAUUAUUAUUAUUAUUUUUAUCAUCCAUGUACAUUCCUUUCACUUGAGUAAAAUUGUGGUUCUAGGAGUUCAUUGUUUUGUUUUUGUUGUAAUGUUUGAAUGCUAUUUAAUAUCAGGUUUUAAUAUUGCUGGGUUUGCUACCUUUGGUUACUUGUGCAGUGUUAAAAGUAAUUCACAUCCUUGUUUAAUAUGCCACAUAUAUAACAAGAGCAGCUUUUAAUAACUGUAGCUGUUUAUUUGACUGUGCUGAAUUACUUCAUUAAGAUCUUGUAGAACGGUAACUUUCUUUUUUUUGCUUUUUUAGUAACUUAAUAUGUUUUUUUACUAAAAUAUGAAUUUAAGGAUGCACUAAAAUUUUGUUUUAGCAGUGGCUCAAAAUAAACAUUUCAGAACUGAUUUUUGUAAUAAUUUGCAUUUAACUGUCCUUUAAUCUUUUUCCACUUACAUAGAUCUGUGGUCUUUUCUCUUUCAUCUAAGAAUUCUCCAAUAAACUUAAAGAGAUGCCUGG